AUGACGGUUGAGCCGACCCUCGAAGAGCUCCAGGGCCACGCGUGCGCCUGCAUCGACCAGGUCGUCUCCGCCAGCCAGAGGUUUCCCCGAGUGGACCAGAGCCUCGUCCCUCCGCCGCCGGAAUGCAGCACGAAGACCCUGGGCCCGUGCACGAUGGUUCUCUCGGACGAGAUAGUGGUGGACGCGAAGUCGCGCGUCCGGGCGGCGAUCGCGACCCACAUGGCGGCGCCCCUCAGGCUGCUCAAGGAGUUCGAGCCCUUCGUGGGUCUCAUGGACGGCAGCGAGGAGGCCAAGGUGCAGAAAGUUCUCGAAGAGCGCGGGCAGAUGGACUCCACCCAGGCGGGCAUCACCGCCCUCGAGGAGGUGGCGCUGAGGCUCAAGCGCCUCGCCCUGGAAAUCCGAGAGGCGGUGCCGGACCUAAACAACUACCCCAUGUUCUCGGUGAAGUGCCUCGAGGCGACCGAGUCGCUGGCGAAGAAGGCGGACGCCCUCCACACGCUCAUCAUGGAGGAGGUGGCCUCGGACAACCGGACGCACAUGGCCGCCAUCGGCAAGGAGUACCAGGAGAUGGUGAACCAGCUCGUGACCGAGCCGUCGGACUCGGCGGAGCUCAAGUCCCUGCAGGAGUACACUCGGAAGGCGCUAGAGAGGCUGGGAGGCCUGCUGGGCGAGUAUACCAACCAGGUCUACACCCGGACGAACUUCCUCCUCGACCAAGGGUUCCGCGUGUCCCGGGACGACCUCCAGCUGUUCCACACGACCUACAACUGGCCGCACAACGUCAAGACGUACCUGGCGAGGUCGGCCGAGCUCCAGCGCAGCCGCAAGCAGGACCUCGAGAUGGUCGUGGAGGGGCAGCAGGAGCAGCUCCUCCGGGAGACCGCGGCCCUGGGCAAAAAGAUCGACAAGAUAGCGGAGGCCGGGUCCCUGGUGCCGGGGGACGUGCACAACUGCGUCCGGCGCAUUGUCGCCGUGCAGGAGGCUCUCGACAGGGCCGAGGCCGAGGCCGACAGCAUCCUCGAGCAGGAGACGCUCCUCGGCAUGCCCUUGACCGACAACCUCACCCCGCUGUCAGACCUCCGGGAUUCGCUAGACCCCAUGGCGCGGCUGUGGACGACGGCCAAGGACUACCUCGACAGCCACCACACGUGGCUAGAGUCUCCGCUCCGAAACAUUGAUUCCGAAGCGGCGGAGCGGCAGGCGGAUGACCUAAUGCGGACGGCCCAGAGAUCCGAGAAGGAGCUAGCGAAGCGGAGAACGCGGAUAAUUGGCCAGGUGCAAGUCUCGGACAGUCCGGCGUAUUGUGGAGCGCAGUACGUCCUGAUAGAUUCGGGUUUUCGAUUUCUCGCCCGCCCUCAUACCCCGGCCUUGUAA